GUAAAUUGUUUGUCAUGCUCCGACGAUCAAGCACGACGAAUUUUUUCCCCGAUAUUUAUGCCAUACAUGGUAUUUUGGUAAAUGUGCUGUAAUGAUAAUUUAAUUGAAUAGAGACAUGGUUUCUCGCCUCUGAUAUGAUACUAUUUGGUAAAAAAAGUAAUUUGAUCUUACGUUACGAAACAGCUGUUGCUAGUUGGAACUUGGUACGAGGAAUUACUUUGUUACAAUUGAUCACGGUAUGAGUGCUUUGAUAUAAAAGAAAAAUUCCUGAAUCAAUAUCAAUCUAAAGGUCAACCUAUUCCCUUUAUAAAACGUAUGGUGUAUGACAUGUAACCUGCUUUUCCUGGUGCUAUGGCUACUACAAAAAUUCCCGAGCAGAAAGUCAUCUUGUGUGGAGAGUUUGGUGUAGGGAAGAGUUCCCUCUUCAGGCGAUUUGCUAUGAAUACUUUUGUUUCCAAUUCCAGUCGCCACUCUACUUUAGGUUUGGACCAUUUUGACAAGGUCUACAGAAUACAUGGUAGAAACAUUCGUCUCCAAUUAUGGGACACAGGUGGUAUGGAACGUGUGGCCUCCAUCACAAGCAGUUAUUAUAAAUUUGCUGAAGCAGCUAUUUUGGUGUUUAGCUUUGAUAGCCCAGAUUCCUUCAAUAUCCUGUCCCAGCAUCUGCUGGACAUUGUAACUUAUGCUGAAAGUGCCAAAAUCUUCCUUUGCGGCAACAAGACAGACUUGCUUAAUCAGAAUUCAGAUAGCCCCAUCACAGACGCUGACAUAGAGAAUUUUUGUGAACAGUGUCACAAUUUGGUUAGUGGUAUUUACAAAACAUCCUGUAAAACAGGUGCUGGUGUCGAGGAAAUGUUCACUGAUAUUGCAAAACAAUUGAUUAGCACAUCUCGUGUCAAGGACAUUGAGCAGGAAAUGAAAGACUCGUUCAAAGUAUGUGCCCAAGAUGAACCAAGUGAGUCAUGCUCAUGUUGAAAAAAAAGAACCCAAUUCUUCCAAUAUUUAAUAAAUUCAGAGUAGGAAAGAAAGUUUUAUAUUUCAUUUGAUGUAAGCAAUGAGUUUUUAAUGUGAACUAAAAUUAUCUAUUCAUCAUGAUGUUGCUUGAAUAAGAUGAUAAAAGUCAUUAAUUUCAGUGAGAGGGGGAAAAUAUUCUUUUUCAAAAUGUAGUUCAUAGAUUUUUGAAUGUUACUGUGAUAAAUAAAAUUAUAUAAAUAGUUGGCUAACAAUUUAAUAAAUUUGCUUUCUACUUAAAUGCUGAUUGUUAUAUGUUAACAUAUGUUAUGGAUUUAAUAUAAAUACUAAGUGCAAAGAUUCAAUUUUCUUUUUAAUGAAUCAAAUGAAUGUGAACUUUGAACAUGAAAAAUUGUUUUAUAGUAUUUUUCUUUUUAAUUGAAGAGGGAGGAGAGAUUUAAAUUAUGAUAUAUUUUUAUUUCUCAAUAAAAUUUUACAAAAUUCUUUGGUUAUAUUUUUUUAUAAAUUCUUGAUAUUAUGGAUAUGCUCCAAUAGCAAUUAUGUAAUAAUUUUGGCAGCUGAGUUUUGUAAUUAUUGAGCUUAGUGGAAACAUUAUUAUGACAUUUGGUUGCUAUAUUUAAUCUAUGAUAUAUUCACCUCAUUCACACAUAAAUCAUAUGGGAUUUACAGUAUUACUCUGCCUUUACAUCCCCAUCUUUAACAUUUUCCUAGCAUUUAUAUAUAUACAUAUAUUGGUCCCAUCAGAUUUUCUAUAUUAAAAUUCUUGUUAUUAUGGAAUGGUAUGCUUCUUGCUGUUUUUGCCACACCAAGUAAAGCAGUAUUUGUGUUUUAUUUUUGAAAUAAACAUUGUAUAAAUAAUAGUAGCUCCAAAAAUUUUAAUUUUUUUAUGUUGCAAAAAUAUUGCAUCUUGAGUAAUUUCAUACUCAUAUUAUGAAAGAUAGCUAAAUUAUCUUGUUAUUAUUUUAAUUGCUGAUCAUCCUGUAUAUGAGCAGAAUUACAAAGACAGAAUAAAAUCAAUAUUUAAUAUACAUUGAAUGUUUGAGUUCAGUAUUAGGAAUAAACAUGAAAUAACGUACAUAUAUAUAUAUAUAUAUAUUGAUAAUGUACAUGUGUGAAAUGUUUAUCUCCUGCUCGUGAUCAUUUUUACCUAUGUAAGUGCAAUUCUGUAAUUCAUUCUUUAUCUUCAUUUGUCUCAUUAUUUCUUUGGUCUCUGAAAAAGAAUAAAAGUGGAGAUAUUACUGUAUGUUUUUUAAAAACAUUGAAACAUUCACAUCAGUUUCUUCUACUUAUUAUUUAAAUUUGUUUGUUAGAAAAUUUAUUUCACUAAUAAUGUUUGAUAUUAUUUUCUUGUUUUAAUAUUUUAUCUGUUUUCUGGUCUAUUCAUGAAAGAAAUUGUUCUAUCUGUAAUGAUUGUCGGGAAAGAAUGUUAUACACAAAUUUUCUACUUACAUAUAAUGAAUAACAUCUGUCUGUAAUAUUUACAUAAAUUUUCAUGCAUAAAAUGGAGGAAGAACUUUAGUUUUCUUCAAAAUUCAUUGCUUACUCUGUUUCUAACUUCCUUUCUUCUACUCUGACUGAAACACUUGUUUUAUGGAAUGUUUUAAUAUUAUAAACAAGAUAAAAAGUUUUUUAAGUCCUAGUCACUAACAGUGUUAACUAGUGAUUCCUUUUUCAAUGUUGCCUUUUUAGCUGUAUAAAGUAUGCUACAGCAAUGCAUUCAAUGCAAGAUCAUCAGAUUGCUCAUGUAGAUAUUGGUGAAGGAGAUAUAGAAUUGAAAAAGAUGAUUUGAUAUAUUUUUAGUUCUUAACUUUUGACAUAAUUUUUUACAUGCAUAAUAAUUUUUCUGAUUUCUAUUUAAUUAUUAAGUAUGUGAUUCUGUAUGUGUAUUUAUUAGGAUUGUUUUCAGUCUUGUGUUUUAAUUUGCAUUGUGAGAUAUUUUUAUUGACUGUAAUUGUGAAUGCUUUUCCUCACAAAUGGGAAGAGAAAUGUGAUCUUCCAGUUUUAAAUAUGUUACUUUGUAAUUUGUAAUACAUAUUUAUAAAUUUAUUACUUUCGUGUAAAACCUGUAAAGAAACUGGUUGUUCAAACUGUUUUCAUCUUAUAUUUGCGUCGAACAAAUAAAAUACUUUAUGUUUCUUAAAUUA